UUGACAUCCUCAUUUAACCUAAGUAAGUAAGUUUAAGUUAAGUUUAAGUUAUACAACUCUAAUACAUACAGAUAUCAUGCAGCAACUCCUCUGAACUUUGCUCCUGUUCAUUUGCACAGAGCAAUUGGGAUAGUUUUCAAAGGCUUUAUGCACAGCACUAUGAUCUGAUGGCACUUAGGCGUCAGCCCCGUCAAGCUGUAAGCUUGUGUAAAACCCAACAGAAAGAAAUGAUGCAUGACACUAGGGGAAGGUGGGAACGGGAGCUGGAGGGGAGGCAAUGACAGACAGCACUGAUCCUCAUUCUUGGGCAGUGACAUGGAGAGAGAGAGAGGACAAGGAAGGUGGAGAAAGGUAACAGGAGGGAGGCAGUGUCAAAGGGGGGAGGAACACACGAAGGGAGGGAGGUCCUCAGCUCUGGAGCUGAUGUCUUUGAGCUCCACCUCUGCUGUGGGAGGAAAAUCUCACUGAGGAUUUACUGUUGGGACCUUCAGACUGAACACUGAGCCCUCUGCAUCUUUCGUCCUUUGGGAUUCAAUUUACUGGAAUAUUCACUCAGAGACUCUGGACGUGCCUACCUGCUGGAGUCCUUCCGGCUGAAUGGAAAAUAUCUGAGAGUGUGAGUAAUAUGAGGAAGCCUUUGAAUGGGCUAGAUCCAGGAAUCAGACUGCAGGGCUUCCAUUGUGUUUAGACCGGGGAGCAACAUGCAAACAAAUCGGUGAACCGCCGCGGCCUCUCAAACCCCCGCCCUCAUCGCCACCAGCACCACCAACCCAGCUUUGGGGGGGAUUCCAGACUUUUCCACUCUGCGCCAACCACCAUGGAUUUCAUGCUACCCAUAAGAAGUCGAGACAUGAUGGCUCCCUCCAGCUCUGCUCCUCCUCUGGGCCCUCACAACCGCUGCACCAGGUAUCACUACCAGGGCUUCAAGAGAAAGCUGCGGCCUGGACGGAUUAUGGGCUUCAUCAUCAGCCUGGUGGUGGUCUCCACUGUCUGUUCAUGGAGUGCCUUGUCGCUGGCCACAACGAUGGCCACCGAGCUGGAAUCGGCCAUCGAGGGCUCAGCAGAGGCAGCAGUGCCCCAAAGAACUCUUCUGCAGUACCACAACCUCUCAGCUGUGACAAAGGACACACCGGUGGCCAUGCGAUCAUCUGAUGAAGAGUUGAAUCACGGGGACUACCCAACGGACUACUUCAGUGUGGAGGAGAGACGUCAGGGCUUUGUGGUAUUUCAUAUGUUUGGCAUGUUGUACAUGUUCAUAGCCUUAGCCAUCGUCUGCGAUGAAUUCUUUGUCCCAGCGCUCACUGUCAUCACAGAGAAGCUGGAGAUCUCUGAUGAUGUAGCAGGAGCCACCUUCAUGGCAGCAGGAGGCUCAGCCCCAGAGCUCUUCACCUCUGUCAUAGGAGUCUUCGUCUCCCACAGUAAUGUCGGUAUUGGUACCAUCGUAGGCUCAGCAGUAUUCAACAUCCUGUUUGUGAUUGGGAUGUGCGCCCUGUUCUCCAAAGAGGUGUUGAACCUCACCUGGUGGCCUCUGUUCAGAGACGUCUCGUUCUAUAUCAUUGGCUUGCUCAUGCUCAUCUACUUCUUUCUGGAUAAUCAAAUCACAGUGGGGGAAAGUAUCAGCCUGCUGAUGUGCUACACCUGCUAUGUGACAUUCAUGAAGUUCAAUGCCAAAGUAGAACUUCUCAUCAAGAGCACGCUGGGCAGCAACCAGGUGGACGAGCUGGAGACAGCACCAAAGGUAAAUGCUCCAGGAGAUGAUGAGAACAAGCUGAUGGCAAAACCCAGGCUGCAGAGAGAAGGCAGCUGUGCUUCUCUACACAACUCACUCAUGAGAAACAGCAUCUUCCAGCUCAUGAUCCAUACACUGGACCCCCUGAGUGAUGAAGGACGUUUCAAAGAGAAGGCGUCGAUCCUUCACAAAAUGGCCAAGCAGAAGUGUAAAGAAGAUGCUGCCAAUGCUGCCAAUGCUGCCAAUGCUGCCAAUGCUGCCAACGGUAUAGCUGAUAAAAACAUCCCCAACAGUUCGAAUGUUGCAGUGGAAGUCACGCCACCCAUGAACGGUGUCAUAGGAGGAGACGAGGGUGAUGAAGAGGAGGAUGAAGACCAGCCUCUGAGCUUGGCCUGGCCCGACACCACCAGGAAGAGGCUCACCUACCUCCUCAUCCUGCCCAUAGUCUUUCCACUUUGGCUCACACUACCGGACGUCAGGAGAGAGACUGCAAAAAGGUUCUUCCCCAUCACUUUCAUUGGUGCCAUUUGUUGGAUUGCUUUCUUCUCUUACCUGAUGGUGUGGUGGGCUCACCAGGUUGGAGAAACUUUCUGGAUCACAGAGGAGAUCAUGGGUCUGACCAUAUUAGCAGCUGGCACUUCAAUCCCUGACCUCAUCACCAGUGUGAUUGUAGCACGAAAAGGCCUUGGUGACAUGGCCGUGUCCAGCUCUGUGGGCUCCAACAUCUUUGAUAUCACUGUGGGUCUGCCAUUCCCCUGGCUCCUCUUCAACAUCAUCAAUGACUUCAAGCCGGUCGAGGUGAGCAGCAAUGGCUUGUUCUGCGCCAUCGUCCUCCUCUUCCUCAUGCUCCUCUUCGUCAUCAUCUCCAUUGCGGCUUGCAAGUGGAGAAUGAGCAAGAUCCUGGGCCUUCUCAUGUUCUUGCUCUACUUCGUGUUCCUCAUUGUCAGUGUCAUGCUGGAGGACAAAGUCAUCAGUUGCCCUGUCACCGUCUGAGAGAGAGCGGCUCCUACUGAUUCUCAGAAAGCUCAAAUGAAACAUGAAUGUGCUCAUGCGCAUAAUGAUUUACUAUAGGAUUGAAAAAACAUGCACACACAGACACACACUCUUAUCUGUCUCACACAUGCACACAGUAGAAGACUGCAGACACACAGACACACAGACACAUACAUCCACACACUCAGUGUCAAGCUGCACACACAAAUGAAGCAAACACACAAAUAUACACAGGUUGUUACAGGUGCAGACUGGUGCACUGGAGCCUUCCAGCAGUGGCAGACAAGCCAGUCCGUCAUUAAUGGACUUAUGCCACCCAAUAGGAGGGACUCCUCUCACUUUGUACCAUGUGGCUACGUUCAGUAGCAGCUAUUGGUUAAAACCAGCUGAAAGCAACUGAUGGUCAUGUGAAUUGAACGCCACCCAGGAUGGAAAUGUUAAUUGAAGAGCAUCAUUUAUUUUUUUUUUUCAACUUAAGGAUUGUGCUGCAGUAUAAGAAGUACCUCUACUACUCUUGCAAGCAGCCAUGUUAAGCAUAUGAACUGAAUUUGGAGGUUCAAAGAGACUUUUUUUUUUUUUUUGGAGCUCUGGAGAGAUGUAUGUCACAGGGAGGGGAAACCUGGGAAACAAAUAAGUGUGAAAGCUGCUUAAUAAACCUUUAACAAUGUCCGCUCCAACAACUGCAUGGCUUUGCAAUGACAUCAAAAGAGAAAUACUCAGUGUUAAUGAUUCGAGUGUGUUUUCAAAUACAGUGCAUUGCAUUUCAGGACAUAUUUGGCAGAAAUUGUUACUUUAAUUCCAAUUCAUGAAUAUCUAUAAUAGAGGACAUUAAAUGCUAAAUAGUUACAAUAGAGUAUGGACAGAUAGCAUGGACCAAGAUUAAACUGGCUAAGGUUUUAUCAUGCUCAGUAUUUCUGCUUAUAUCAGUGUAUCCCAAUUAUAUUUUCAUAUUAUAAGCUUGUGAGUGUGACUUUUUCUGUUCUGUCUUUUUCUGUCUGCCUUUACAUGCACCACUCUAGAGAGAGAGAGAGAUUAUAAUAUAAACUGGAUGGGUUUGGUGCAUGGAAGUGCACCUAGUGGUGAAGAGGUCAGUGUCACAUUUGCAUCCCAGCAGAUGAUGCAGUCGGGACAACAAGUGGUGGACUAAAGAUUAGCGUUUGGUUUUUUCUAAAAUUAUGUAUUACUAAAAAGGUGUGUUCAAUAUCAACAGGUAUCACCAGGCUUCUGUAAGGUUUUGACGUAAAAGAACUCAUGUACUGUCAUGUACUAGCAAUAUUUUUGUCUUGGAUUUUCCACUGCUGUAGGCAUUUUGUACUUUGCAUCAGAUCAAAAAGGCCUAAUGUGGGGCCAUCAUCGCCAUGUUCACAUACCACUUUCUUCUGUUCACUAUUUGAUAUGCAGUGGGAAAUCUUAGACUAAGAUUGGUAUGAGAAACAUCAGGUAGGCCAAUAUUUUUAUUCUAAAAUAAAACACUGUUGAACAGACUCAUUUGAAGAGUUUCAGUUUGUGACAUUUGAGUAUUUUGGCACAAACUUUGUUGUCCUCUAAUUCCUUUCUAUUAGAGUUACAGUUGUGUCUGCUAGUGAAAUAACACUGAGCAUAUUCAUCAUUAGGGUCCUGCUGUAGUAGAAAAUUAUCAAUUAGUGUACAAUAUUUCAAUUCAAAUGUUCCAGAAAAAAGUGUAUGUUUCCAUCAACUAAUCUAAUGAUAUAUAUUGAAGAGGUUGCAAAAGAUUAAACAAUUAAAGAAUACCACAAUAAAGAAGUCUCUGUGACUCAAAAAAUCUUGCAUUUUCUCUCUUUCUGAUUUGGGGGUAUUUAAGUGAUUGUUUUUCUUUACCUUUUAUAAAUGGGGUUUCCAUUUAGUUUUUUUUUUUGUUGUUUAUUUGUUUGCUUGUUUUAUUCUUCUUCUUGCUUUGUGUUUUAUCAGCAAAGUCUAUAAACUGCCUAUAAAAACAGGUGGAAGGAAACAUACUUGUGAUGUGAAGCAGAUAUAGUCGUGACCCAACAAAAAAUCAGUGCCAGCGUUGUCCAUCCUUUAUACAUCAGUUGCACCACCUGUUACAUGCUGAACUGCCUGACUGCCCUCAUACAAGCUACAACACACAACAGUCCAGAAACAUUUAUUUAACCAUGCCUGGAAUAUCACAAAAAGACUAGAUAGUCUGAUUCAGUCCUAAAAUAUUUGUUAGAAAUGUUGAGAACAGCUUCCCUGUGUAGGUAGAGGAAAAAAUACUAUGCGAUUAUAGGCUGACAUCACUGUUUUAAAGGAAGUGUUAGUAAAUACUUAUAAUAAUUUAUCAUUUUCCCUGUCGGCUGCUUUCUAUGUCAAAUACAUGAAGUGAAACCAAAUGAGGGGGAUCAUUUAUUCUGCCAGCAGCAUUUAAUAACGUGCUCCAUCAGUCUUGGAGAAAUGCUCAGUAAAGCUCCUGUCAACUCUCUGAAUAAUCUGCUGUUUCUCCCUAUAUUAGUGCAGGAGUUAGGAAUUGUUAAAAUGUUAAAUGGUUCCAGUGCAACAACAACUUAAGAGAUAAAUGAAUGUAAAAGCUGAUGUCCUGCUGGAAAUCUUUUUUAGUAUUCUGUAAGCUGGGAAAGGUUAGCACACAGAAUGGGAGCACUCUGUUUUACUCAGGUAUACCUUUGCAUUAAAUUUGUGUUUUCUUUUCAGUAUAGACAUUUUUCCUUUUCAGAUCACUGGAUCUGAUUGAGCUUCCUUCAUAAAAAAUAUCAGUUCUACACCACCUUUAAAAAUCAAACUUUUGUGUCACUAUGUUAACCUGACCACUUUUUUAUCUUUCUGUUUUCAUAAAAAAAAUUUUUUUUGUCCAAAUGAUCCUGAAAAGAAAUUGUCCAUAAAAUUGAUCCCAAAUAUUCCCAAGUAUUAAAAAUGUGUGUUUUAUAUGUGUAUAAAACAUUUGUAAACUGUAAAGCAAGACUGUACAUAAACCCCUGUAUGUAAUAUUAGUCAGCACAUAGUUUACAAACCUCAACACAAGGUAUAAUCUUUGAGUCCUGCUUAAUAUUUAGCCCGUCUAUGCAGUAUCAUUUAUUGCUUUGAUGGCUCAUUCGAAUGUGAGAAACGUGUGUAUGAAUGAAUGCAUUUAGAAAUAUCUAUAACUAUUAAUCCUCAACCAGUUUCAAUACCAUGACAAAUGGUAAAAUGCUUUUGUAUUUCCUGUGUACGUUAUGCAAGUAUGAAACCAUAUUCAUGUACUACU